AUUCACAGCAUUCAAUGUUCAACUCCAGAGUCAAACGUUCCCGACUCUACCAGGCUACCAAAUACUUUCAUCCAAAUUUUACCAAAAUACCUAGAAGACACUACCUAUCUUUUUGAUAUAACAGUAGCAUUCGUAGGUAGUGAAAAACAAGUAGAACGUCUGAAAACUGAUAACCAAGAUCAUGGCAACUGAUCAGUCAAAAUAUGCCAUACAUGCUGCUGCUCGAGAAGGCAGAGUGUCCGUUGUCGAGUCCUUACUGAAUGAUGGCAGUGGCUGGACCCCGUUGAUGAUUGCCGUGAGCGUAAGAGAUGGGGAUGCUGUCGUAGACCUGCUGCUUUCUAAGGGCGCCGAUAUAAACCAAAAGAAUAACAACGGACAGACAGCUCUUCACUUCGUCGCCUCCAAGAAAAACCUCGACGUGGCCCGCAAACUCUUCAACUCGACUCCGCCGGCUUCCGCAAGAGUCAGAGACAAGCGCGGGAAUGCCGCAACAGCACUACUCAAGAACGGUGCAGAGACGGACAAGCGAGAUUCAAAUGGGUGUUUGGCCCUAGAUUUAGCACCUGAUAAGGAGGUUCGUAAAUACAUAGAACGGGAAGCUGAGAUACAGGGGAUUCAACUCUGAUAUAGGACGGAGCCAUGAGUUUUAGAUCCUACCAUUGAUCGCGUUACUAGCAACAUACCUAGGUUAGGUUCUUCAUAGACCAAGUUAUGUACUCAUAG